AUGGAGCACGCGUCGGGCCUCGUGCGCUCGUUUGUGGAGCGGUGGGAGGCGGGCGAGCUCAACAAGUAUGAGCAGGCCUCGUACCUCCGCGCGGCGCUCGACCGGCGGCUGAAGAACGAGCACGUGACGGAGGAGGCGCUCGUGGGCAUCUCGUUCAUCCUGCUGGCCGCCUCCGUCGACACAACCUCCUCGCUGGUCAACUGGACCCUGCUUCAGCUGGCGGUCGACAGGGAGGCGCAGCGCAAGCUUGCCGCCGAGCUGCAGCGCGAGCUUGGCGUCGGAGGCAGUCUGACGCCAGAGGUCACGCAGAGUGGCCGCGGCCAGUGGCUGCCGUACCUUCGGUCGGUGGUGCGGGAGGUGCACCGGAUGCGACCUUCGAUCCCCGUGAGCCUCAUGAAGCGGACCGCCGCCGAGGUCGACAUGUGCGGCUACACCGUGCCCGCCGGGAGCCUCGUCAUGCUCGACAGCUUCUCGCCGCAGAAUGACCCGGCGCUGGUGCCGGACGCGCACGAGUUCCGCCCGGAGCGGUGGCUCCCCGACGCGGUUGUGGCGAGGAAGGGGACGGCGGCGGAAGUCAUCGACCACCCGCUGUUGCGCGCGCCCUUCUCGGCGGGCGCCCGGAUGUGCCCCGGCAACAAGAUUGCGAACUUCGAGCUGCUGACGAUGGUGGCGCAGCUGGUGCAGGACUGGGAGUUUGAGCUCGAGGACGCGUCGAUCACGAGCCUGCUCGAUAUCCCGUACCACCAAGGCACCACCGUCCAGCCGCAGCCGAUGCCGAAGUUCGUCUUCCGGAAGCGGCGACCCGCAACGGCCUGA